AGAUGAUCCACAGUCUGUUCUUGAUCAACCCUUCGGGGGACAUCUUCCUGGAGAAGCACUGGAAGAGUGUGGUCAGUCGGUCGGUGUGUGACUACUUCCUGGAGGCCAAAGAGAAGGCCCUGGAACCUGAGGACGUUCCACCUGUCAUACACACCCCUCAUCACUACCUCAUCAGCAUCUACAGGUCAUGCAUACAGUGCAUUAGGAAAGUAUUCAGACCCCUUGACUUUUUCCAAAUUUUGUUACGUUACAGCCUUAUUCUAAAAUUGAUUAAAUCAUUUUUUUUCUCUAAUCAAAUCUACACACAAUACCCCAUAAUGAACUAGCGAAAACAGGCUUUUAAAAAUGUUUGCAGAUGUAUAAAAAAAUAAAAAGUACUUUAUUGAAGCACCUUUGGCAGCUUCUUGGGUAGGACGCUACAAGCUUGGCACACCUGUAUUUGGAGAGUUUCUCCCAUUCUUCUCUGCAGAUCCUCUCAAGCUCUGUCAGGUUGGAUGGGGAGUGUCGCUGCACAGCUAUUUUCUGGUCUCCAGAGAUGUUCAAUCAUGUUCAAGUCCGGGUUCUGGCUGGGCCACUCAAGGACAUUCAGAGAUUUGUCCCGAAGCCACUCCUGCGUUGUCUUGGCUGUGUGCUUAGGGUUGUUGUCCUGUUGGAAGGUGAACCUUCGCCCCAGUCUGAGGUCCUGAUCGCUCUGGAGCAGGUUUUCAUCAAGGAUCGCGCUGUACUUCAUCUUUCCCUCGAUCCUGACUAGUCUCCCAGUCCCUGCCGCUGAAAAACAUCCCCACAGCAUGAUGCUGCCACCACCAUGCUUCACCGUAGGGAUGGUGCCAGGUUUCUCCCAGAUGUGACGCUUGGCAUUCAGGCCAAAGAGUUCAAUCUUGGCAUUCAGGCUAAAGAGUUCAAUCUUGGUUUCAUCAGACCAGAGAAUCUUGUUUCCUAUGGUCUGAGAGUCCUUUAGGUGCCUUUUGGCAAACUCCAAGCGGGCUGUCAUGUGCCUUUUUUACUGAGGAGUGGCUUCUGUCUGGCCACUAACAUAAAGGCCUGAUUGGUGGAGUGCUGCAGAGAUGCUUGUCCUUCUGGAAGGUUCUACCAUCUCCACAGAGGAACUGUAGAGCUUUGUCAGAGUGACCAUCAGAUUCUUGGUCACCUCCCUGACCAAGGCCCUUCUCCCCCGAAUGCUCAGUUUGGCCGGGCGGCCAGCUCUAGGAAGAGUCUUGGUGGUUCCAAACUUCUUCCAUUUAAGAAUGAUGAGGCCACUGUGUUCUUGGGGACCUUCAAUGCUGCAGAAAUUGUUUGGUACCCUUCCCCAGAUCUGUACCUCGACACAAUCCUGUCCCGGAGCUCUACGGACAAUUCCUUCGACCUCAUAGCUUGGUAUUUGCUCUGACACAAACUGUCAACUGUGGGACCUUAUAUAGACAGGUGUGUGCCUUUCCAGAUUAUGUCUAAUCAAUUGAAUUUACCACAGGUGUACUCCAAUCAAGUUGUAGAAACAUCUCAAGGAUGAUCAAUGGAAACAGGAUGCACCUGAGCUCAAUUUCGAGUCUCAUAGCAAAGUGUCUGAAUACUUAUGUAAAUAAGGUAUUUCUGUUUUGUAUUAUUAGUACAAUUGCUAAAAUUUUGCUUUGUCAUUAUGGGGUAUAGUGUGUAGAUUUGAGGGAAAAAUAAUAAUUUAAUCCAUUUUAGAAUAAGGCUGUAACGUAACAAAGUGGAAAAAUUCAAGGGGUCUGAAUACUUUCCGAAUGUACUGUAUGUAUGCAUACAAAGACAAGCACACACCUCAUCAACAUCUACAAGUUAUUUUAUUGACUUUUACAUCACUAUUUAGGAAACAACCAUGUAUCCAAAACCAAUGUAAAAACCUGCUCACUCAAGACAGACGGUUUUAAGGUCUGUCUUUACUAGUGUGUUUUUUUUAAACAUUUGUUUUGGAUACAAUGUGUGAAUGUUGCUUCACAAAUAUUGAUGAUUAUUACUGUAUUUAUUAUUACAGGGACAAGCUGUUCUUUCUCUCCAUCAUCCAGACGGAGGUUCCUCCGCUGUUUGUCAUUGAGUUCCUGCACCGCAUCGCAGAGAUGAUCCAGGUCUGACUCAACUCUAAGCCUGACGAGUUGCCAGGAUUAGUUAAACAUUACUUGUUAUAAAAUAGUUAAGUGUAUGUGUGUGUACGUUUCUUUCUACAGGACUACUUUGGGGAGUGUUCGGAGACAGUCGUCAAGGACAACAUGGUGAUGGUGUAUGAGCUGUUGGAGGAGAUGCUUGACAAUGGGUUUCCACUGGCAACCGAAUCUAACAUCCUCAAAGAGAUGAUCAGACCACCCACCAUCCUCCGAUCUGUUGUCAACACACUGACAGGUACCCUACCACUACACGCUAACCUCUACCCUACUCUAAACACUAAACCCUACAGCUCCUUGACCCCUACACUCUAACCCCUCCCCUUACACCCUAACCCGUAAUACCUACUUCCCUCAAAGUGUGUGUGUGUGUCAAAAUCAAAUCUAAUUUUAUUUGUCACAUGCUUCAUAAACAACAGGUGUAGACUAACAGUGAAAUGCUUAAUUACUGGCCCUUCCCAACAAUGCAGAGAGAGAGAAAGAGGAAUAAUAGAAAAAUAAUAACACAAGGAAUAAAUACAUAAUGAGUAACGAUAACUUGGCUAUAUACACGGGGUAACAGUACAGAGUCGAUGUGCAGGGAUACGAGGUAAUUAAGGUGCCUUCAGAAAGUAUCCACAUCCCUUGACUUUUUCAAAAAAUAUUGUUACAGCCUGAAUUUAAAAUGGAUGAUAUUUUGAUUUUGUGUCACUGAUAUACUCACAAUACCCCAUAAUUUCAAAGUGGAAUUAUUUUUUAAGAAAUGUUUGCAAAUUAAUUUAAAAAUGAAAAGCUGAAAUGUCUUGAGUCAAGUAUUGAACCCUUUUGUUAUGGCAAGCUUAAAUAUGUUCAGGAGCAGUGUUGUAGUACUCAAGACCACAUAUUGAGUGUCUCGAUCUUGUCUCAGUGUCGGAUACAAUUGUACUCGGUCUCGGACAGUGAGGACUCGUAAUUUAUUCCAGAGACCAGCGGAGUAAAAGACCUCUAUCAGCUUCCAUUCAGUCAGCGCAUAAAACAGCUUCACCAGGCCAAAUAUAUACACUCCUAUCUUGAAACAUUAAUAUCUUAACAGCCUUAUCUAUUAUAGAUAUGUUUGCGCAGUGGCGAACCUAUAGGCCUUCACUGUGUGACUGGUUCGUGAAUCUUUUAUAAAAAAAAUGUGUUGGUACUUUUUACCCCCAAUUGGUAGUUAGUCUUGUCCCAUCGCUGCAACUCCCGUACGGACUCAGGAGAGGUGACGGUUGAGAGCCAUGCGUCCCCCAAAACACGACCCCGCCAAGCCGCACUGCCAAACCCUCCCCAAACCAGGACGACGCUGGGCCAAUUGUGUGCCACCUCAUGGGUCUCCCGGUCGCGGCCGGCUGCGACACAGCCCGGGAUCGAACCCAGAUCUGUAGUGACGCCUCUAGCACUGCGAUGCAGUGCCUUAGACCGCUGCGCCACUCGAGAGGCUCUACAGGUUCGUGAUUCUGAAAGGACUGCAACCAUAAUACCAGCGCACUCAUGUAGGAGAGUGCACUUUUUGUAAAACACAAAGGGCCAGUGGUGGAUUGGAGGGUAUACGCAGGUGUAAACCGUAUACCAACUUUUUUCAUUGGGCAUUGUGUAUACUCACUUCUUAAUCCCUACUGAUGCGUAUCAAAGUAGUGUAGUGGAGGUAUACAACUUAUCAAUUUUCUAGUACAAUAGAGAAAUCAUGCACAAAGUAUCCUACAUAAUCACAAAGCACGUGAAAUAUAUUCACAUGCACGCAGCGCACAUAGCCUAGUUUCAGCAGAAUAUAAUCUGCAGGCAGCGAGAGUGUGCAGCUCUCAAUGGGUUUUGGCAUGGAGCAGUUCACAGAAGAAUGACAUCUGUAGCCGGUAGGAUAGGAAAGAAGUUUCAAUUUAUGAUAUCCGCCAGUAAAUGCUAACUUAGGCAACAAUGGGUAUGCAAACCAGAUAUUGAAAAGGUUUAGUCCCAAGUGUUGGUUAGUAGGCUAUUUGUGAUGCUGCAAUUGUCAUCAUGUGCUGUUUACAUCAGGGGCGUAGACAUGGAUGGGCCUGGGUGGACACAGGCCCACCCAAUGGGGAGCCAGGAUCUGACAGGCCCACCCAAUCAGAUUGAUGUGGUUUAAGCAUUGUUGUGGACUUAGACCAAACUUUUGUAUUUUUUCUACAAAAAAAAAAUGUGAUUUUGAGUGAUAAAAAAUACAUAGGAAAACACAGGAUUUUUCACACAGGGUGCCUUUCCUUCGCGGGGCGGGUCGUUACUUUUGGGCAAAAUUAGCUUAUACCCACUUCUCCAGGCACCACUACACCACGGCAUAGGGCCGAUGGAGAGACAGCAGUCACACACAGCAUGAUGUUAAAGGAUAAGUGGUCCAUAAACUCGGACACAAUAGGCCAGUUGGUCCCAAUCAUAAUAUAAAAACACAACCAUUUUAAGCAUUUCCCAAUCUAAAUGUACAACUAUUACUUCCCAUUGCAAAAAAAACAUUUCACAUUUAGCACACAAAGUUUAAAGUGGAACUGACAGUGUUUUAAUGACUUUGCAGAUAUGAAACAAACAGACAAUCAUAAUCAGUAAAAAAUAUAAAAUUCCCAGUUUAUAAUAAUAAUAUGCCAUUUAGCAGACGCUUUUAUCCAAAGCGACUUACAGUCAUGCGUGCAUACAUUUUUUGUGUAUGGGUGGUCCCGGGGAUCGAACUCACUACCUUGGCGUUACAAGCGCUGUGCUCUACCAGCUGAGCUACAGAGAACCAACUUUAUAAGAGGUUUUAAAAAUAGGUUAUAUUUGACUCAACGUUUCAUGAUGUACACUAAGGCAUUGUUGGUAGAAUAGAUGGAUUCAGUUCAAUGCAUGAUUCAUAUAAUUCACCAAUACAUUUCUUGGUAGUCCAAAAAAUAUUGCUAUCAGGUUGUAAAUCACAGCUGGCCUGGUACAUUGUUUGGAAUGCACUGUUUCAGUUAAAAGUGUCAUUCUUCCUGGUGGUGUAAAUGAACAGAUUUUAAUAAGAUUUCAUGUUGCUAAAAUGCUGUCAGUUCCACUUUAAAUGCAACAAUGUUUCACACACAUAAGUUAUUUUCAAAGAGAUGGCUAACAACAGCAAGCGCGCUGCAAUAAAAAACACAGUUCCACUCACCAGAUGAUGAUCAUUUGAAACUUCUUGUUGAAAGUUAUUAUUGAAAAGGGAGACACUAACAAAUUAGCAACAACAUCCUCUUUGAUAACACCUGCUGCAGCCGCUGCAAACUAGCCGACAACAAAAGCUAGCUAGCUAGACCGUGGGAAAACUACUGCUCGCUAUUGCGCAGUGACCUGUUGGCCUUCAUGAAGACAGAAGUUUCCAUACGUUUUUGUAAAAACGGUCCCACCCAUUAGGUCAAAAUGGAUUAGUGAUUCCACUGUAACUGCAAAAUGUUGCCCUAAUACAGUUGAAUGGCAGAUGCCUUUAUCUAGCUUCUGAUGGCCUAGCCAAUGGCUGACUUAGCUAGCUAGAUUUAUCUCCCAAGACCAGCAAAGAAAGAUCCUGAUGGGAUCUUUUUUUCCUCCUCAGUGUUAACCAUUUCCUUUCCAACAAAAACUGAAGAGAUUAAAUCAGAACAUCAUUGAAAAUAAUAAUAUAAUAAUAAUAAUAAUAUUAUUAAUAAUGAUUUUAUAAAUCCCUUAUUUGAAGUUGUAGAAGGCCCAUUGUUCCCCACUGUAUUUGGGUUAGUAAUAAUUUGUAGAGUGGCUCUAUUUUCCCUCAGCAUGCAUUUUUUUCCCCCUCAGCAUGCACUAUUCUGAAUGUCUAAAGAAUCCAGAUGUUGUUCUGAAAUAUGAACACAGAAAUACUGGACAUUUUGAACUCUUAUGGUGGUGAUUUGACAAAAUGACUCGCAUUUGUCUGGUCUCGGUCUUGACUCGAUCUUGGACCCCUUGUCCCCCUCCCGGUCUUGGUCUUGCUCAGACUCGAUUUGCUCUGGUCUUGGUCUUAAAUUGGUCUCGCUUUAGGUGGUCUCGAACACAACACUGUACACACUCUGUGUGCAAUAAUAGUGUUUAACAUGAUUUUUUAAUGACUACCCCAUCUCUGUACCCCACACAUACAAUUAUAUGUAAGGUUGCUAAGUCAAGCAGCUAAUGUCAAGCACAGAUGAAACCACAAAGACCAGGGAGUUUUCCAAUGGUUCGCAAAGAAGGGAACCUACCUAUUGGGUAAAAAAAAAAAAGCAGACAUUGAAUAUCCCUUUGAGCAUGGUGCAGUUAUUAAUUACACUUUGGAUGGUGUAUCAAUACACCCAGUCACUACAAAGAUACAGGCGCCCUUCCUAACUCAGUUGCCGGAGAGGAUGGAAAUUGCUCAGGGAUUUCACCAUGAGGUCAAUGGUGAUUUUAAAAUAGUUACAGAGUUGAAUGGCUGUGAUGGGAGAUAACUGAGGAUGGAUCAACAACAUUGUAGUUACUCCACAAUAUUAACAUACUGUAAAUGACAGAGUGAAAAGAAGGAAGCCUAUACAGAAUACAAAUAUUCCAAAACAUGCAUCCUGUUUGCAACAGGGCACUUAAGUAAUGCUGCAAAAAAUGUGGCAAAGAAAUGAACUUCUUGUCCUGAAUACAAAGCGUAAUGUUUGGGGCAAAUCCAACACAACACUUCACUGAGUACCACUCUUCAUAUUUUCAAACAUGGUGGUGGCUGCAUCCUGUUAUGGGUAUGCUUGUCAUCGACAAGGACUAAGGAGUUUUUUAGGAUAAAAAGAAGCGGAAAAGAGCUAAGCACAGGCAAAAUCCUAGAGGAAACUUGGUUCAGUCUGCCUACCAACAGACACUGGGAGACGCAUUCACCUUUCAGCAGGACAAUUACCUAAAACACAAGGCCAAAUAUACACUGGAGUUGCUCACCAAGACGACAUUGAAUGUUCCUGAGCGGCUUAGUUACAGUUUUGACUUAAAUCGGCAUGAAAAUCUAUGGCAAGACUUGAAAAUGUCUGUCUUGCAAUGAUCAACAUCCAACUUGACAGCGCUUGAAGAAUUUUAAAAAAGAAUAAUGGACAAAUAUCAUACAAUCCAGCUGUGCAAACGCUCUUGGAGACUUACCCAGAAAGACUUACAGCUGUAAUUGCUGCUAAAGGUGAUUCUAACAUGUAUUGACUCAGGGGGUUGAAUACUUCUCUAAUCAAGAUAUAUUAGUGUUUUAUUUUCCCCAAUUUAAAAAUAAUAAUUUUCUUCCACUUUGACAUUACAGAGUAUUUUGUGUAGGUCAUUGACAAAAAAGGACAAAUCCAUUUUAAUCCCACUUUGUAGCACAACAAAAUGUGGAAAAGGUCAAGGGGUCUGAACUUUCUUAAGGCACUAUAGGUAGAAAUAAAGUGACUAGGCAACAGGAUAGAUAAUAAACUGUAGCAGCAGCGAAUGUUAUGAGUCAAAAGAGUUAGUGCAAAAAGUGUGUGUGUUCCAGGGACCAGUAAUGUUGGAGACACAUUGCCUACUGGUCAACUGUCGACCAUCCCAUGGAGGCGGGCCGGAGUGAAGUACACCAAUAACGAAGCUUACUUUGACGUGGUGGAGGAGAUUGAUGCCAUCCUGGACCAAUCAGGUAGGAGCAGUACUGACUGGUCCACCGACACCACGGUGCAGAGAUCCAGGAAGUCAGACUCAGGGGUUAAAGGUCAGGCAUCAGGAUUUGUGUGUAAACUGUGUUGUGAUUGGUCGACAGGUACGACAGUGUUUGCAGAGAUCCAGGGCGUGGUCGAGGCGUGUGUGAAGCUGUCUGGGAUGCCCGACCUCACACUCUCCUUCAUGGUGGGUCCCCCCCCCCCCCCCCACACACACACACACACGAUACCAGGGUUGGUGUCCAUUCGAACGAAUUGAAGGUAGUCAAUUCAGGAAGUGAUUUGAAUAUCCCCCCCCCCCCCCCCCAUUGAAUUGGCUUCCUUCCUUCAAUUCAAAUGAACCCUAACACUGCACUGCGCAUGCACAAGCGCGCGGCAGGUAGCCUAGCGGUUGAGAGCGUUGGGCCAGUAACCGAAAGGUCACUGGUUCGAAUCACUGAGCCAGCAAAGUGGAAAAAUCUGCUCUUGAGGAAAGGCAGUUAACCCACAACAACAACUGCUCCCCGGGUGCCGAUGACGUGGAUUAAGGCAGCCCCCCGCACCUCUCUGAUUCAGAGGGGUUGGGCUAAAUGCGGAUGACACAUUUCGUCUGAAUGCUUUCAGUUGUGCAACUGACUAGGCAUUUCCAUUCCCACACACAAAGAGAGAGAGCCCCAGUGUAUUGGUAGAUUCAUACUGCAUUUUGUCGUUGCAGAAUCCUCGUCUCCUUGACGAUGUGAGUUUCCACCCCUGUGUUCGCUAUAAACGCUGGGAGUCUGAGCGCGUCCUCUCCUUCAUACCCCCCGAUGGGAACUUCACCCUAAUGACUUAUCACGUCAAUGCACAGAAGUAAGGCUUUAAACUCUGACCCUUAAUCCUAACUCUACCAUGUCUAUUAUUUUCAGUCUGGUAGCCAUCCCAGUUUAAUAAUAAUAUUGGUAAUAUUCUAUUUUAUUCGGUUAUAUUCUAUUCUAUACAGUCUUGUAGCCAUCCCAGUGUAUGUGAAGCAGAGCAUCAGUUUCUUUGAGAGUGGUUCUGGUGGUCGUCUGGACGUGACAGUUGGACCGAAGCAGACCAUGGGGAAGACGGUCGAAGGGGUGAUGGUCACGGUCCACAUGCCCAAAACUAUCCUUAGCGUCAAUCUGACUGCCACACAGGGCAGUUACAUAUACGACAAUGGUACCAAGGUAAUUACACGCCAACUACCCUAUUACCAAGGUAACCUCUAACCCCUGAGCCUAACCACUACACAGAGAAGCUAUACCUAUGACCCUGUUUCCAAGUUAACUACACACCUACGGCCCAUUACCAAGUUAGACCAGGUAAACAGCCAAUCAGCAGACAUUACUAUUAAUACACUUCUCCAUCUCACAAGCACCCCUGAACCCAACCCCCCCCCCCCCCCCCCCCCCCCACCUCUCUCUCUUUCUUUCUCUCUCUCUCCCCCUCGCUCUCUUCUCUCUAGUUGUUGGUGUGGGACAUUGGAAAGUUGAACCCACAGAAGCUUCCUAACUUGCGAGGUAGUCUGAGUCUGCAGGCUGGAGCCCCCAAACCAGAGGAGAAUCCCAGUCUGAACAUCGACCUGAAGAUACAGCAACUUGCCAUAUCAGGUACCCCUGACCUGUAAAUCUUGUCCCUCUCAGCCUCUCCCUCUCAAUUGUUGAAUUCCAAAUCGGUCCCUACUACCUAGCCCCCCUUGUAGAUCUGAGGGGAUUGGAUAAGUAGAAGCCUUAUGGUAAUAGUUUAGUCUUGCCUCCUGAUUGACUGUGGAAGUGUGACCAUAUUGCUUCCACCGAUCCAAUCCUCAUAGAUCUACGAGUGGCUCGGUAAUAGGCGCUAGGGGUACAUUUGUAAUUAAGCUAAUCUUUCUCUCAGUAUCUUGGCAGUAAAGUUUAUGGUGUUGGGGGUAGUAACCUGCUCUGUAAAAUGUUGUAUUGCCAUAGUAAUACAGCAUGCUAAAUAUCUAUGUAUACUCCGUUUAUUAGGUACACCACCCCGUUCACGAAAAUGGUUCGCUCCUAGAGACAGUGAGUCAUGUGGCUGUGGCUUGCUAUAUAAAGCAGGCAGACAGGCAUCAAGACAUUUAGUUACUGUUCGAUUUUGUGCAACUUUGAUCGUGGUAUGAUCGUCUGUGCCAUGCACGCCAGUUCCAGUAUCUCAUAAACGGCCGACCUCCUGGGCUUUUCAUGCACGACAGUGUCUAGGGUUUACCGAGAAUGGUGUGACAAAUAAAAAACAUCCAGGCAGCGGCAGUCCUGUGGGCGAAAACAGCUCGUUGAUGAGAGGUCAAAGGAGAAUGGCAAGAAUCGUGCAAGCUAACAUGCGAGUCACAAACAGGUAAAUAACUGCGCAGUACAACAGUGGCGUGCAGAACGGCAUCUCGGAACACACAACUCGUCAGUCCUUGUCACGGAUGGGCUAUUGUAGCAGACAACCACACCGUGUUCCACUCCUAUCAGCUGAAAACAAGAAGAAGCGGCUGCAGUGGGCACGCGAUCACCAACGCUUUAAAUUGUUUAACUUGGGUCAAACGUUUCGGGUAGCCUUCCACAAGCUUCCCACAAUAAGUUGGGUGAAUUUUGGCCCAUUCCUCCUGACAGAGCUGGUGUAACUGAGUCAGGUUUGUAGGCCUCCUUGCUCACACACACUUUUUCAGUUCUGCCCACACAUUUUCUAUAGGAUUGAGGUCAGGGCUUUCUGAUGGCCACUUCAAUACCUUGACUUUGUUGACCUUAAGCCAUUUUGCCACAACUUUGGAAGUAUGCUUGGGGUCAUUGUCCAUUUGGAAGACCCAUUUGCGACCAAGCUUUAACUUCCUAACUGAUGUCUUGAGAUUGUUGAUGUUGCUUCAAUAUAUCCACAUAAUUUUCCUUCCUCAUGAUGCCAUCUAUUUUGUGAAGUGCACCAGUCCCUCCUGCAGCAAAGCACCCCCACAGCAUGAUGCUGCCACUCCCGUGCUUCAUGGUUGGGAUGGUGUUCUUCGGCUUGCAAGCGACCCCCUUUUUCCUCCAAACAUAACAAUGGUCAUUAUGGCCUAACAGUUCUAUUUUUGUUUCAUCAGACCAGAGGACAUUUCUCCAAAAAGUACGAUCUUUGUCCCCAUGUGCAGGUGCAAACCGUAGUCUGGCUUUUUUAUGGCGGUUUUGGAGCAGUGGCUUCUUCCUUGCUGAGCGGCAUUUCAGGUUAUGUCGAUAUAGGACUCGUUUUACUGUGGAUAUAGAUACUUUUGUACCUGUUUCCUCCAGCAUCUUCACAAGGUCCUUUGCUGUUGUUCUGGGAUUGAUUUGCACUUUUCGCACCAAAGUACGUUCAUCUCUAGGAGACAGAACGCGUCUCCUUCCAGAGCGGUAUGACGGCUGCGUGGUCCCAUGGUGUUUAUACUUGCGUACUAUUGUUUGUACAGAUGAACGUGGUACAUUCAGGCAUUUGGAAAUUGCUCCCAAGAAUGAACAAGACUUGUGGAGGUCUACAAUUAUUUUGGCUGAUUUCUUUAGAUUUUCCCAUGAUGUCAAGCAAAGAGGCACUGAGUUUGAAGGUAGGCCUUGAAAUACAUCCACAGGUACACCUCCAAUUGACUCAAAUGAUGUUAAAUAGCCUAUCAGAAGCUUCUAAAGCCAUGACAUCCUUUUCUGGAAUUUUCCAAGCUGUUUAAAGGCACAGUCAACUUAGUGUAUGUAAACUUCUGACCCACUGGAAUUGUGAUACAGUUAAUUAAAAGUGAAAUAAUCUGUCUGUAAACAAUUGUUGGAAAAAUUACUUGUGUCAUGCACAAAGUAGAUGUCCUAACCGACUUGCCAAAACUAUAGUUUGUUAACAAGAAAUUUGUGGAGUGGUUGAAAAAUGAGUUUUAAUGACUCCAACCUAAGUGUAUGUAAACUUCCGACUUCAACUGUACCUUAAAAUAAUGGUAGGGGUGUGGAUCAGAAUACCAGUCAGUAUCUGGUGUGACCACCAUUUGCCUCAUGCAGUGGGACACAUCUCCUUUGUAUAGAGUUGAUCAGGCUGUUGAUUGUGGCCUGUGGAAUGUUGUCUCUUCUUCAAUGGCUGUGCAAAGUUGCUGGAUAUUGGCGCGAACUGGAACACGCUGUCGUACACGUUGAUCCAGAGCAUCCCAAACAUGCUCAAUGGGUGACAUGUCUGGUGAGUAUGCAGGCCAUGGAGGAACUGGGACAUUUUCAGCUUCACAUGAAUUGUGUACAGAUCCUUGCGACAUGGGGCCAUGCAUUAUCAUGCUGAAACAUGAGGUGAUGGCGGCAGAUGAAUGGCACGACAAUGGGCCUCAGGAUCUCGCCAUGGUAUCUCUGUGCAUUCGAUUUGCCAUCGAUAAAAUGCAAUUGUGUUUGUUGUCCGUAGUUUAUGCCUGCCCAUACAAUAACCCCACCGCCACCAUGGGGCACUCUGUUCACAACGUUGACAUCAGCAAACCGCUCGCCCACACAAUGCCAUCUGCCAUCUGCCCGGUACAGUUGAAACCGGGAUUCAUCUGUGAAGAGCACACUUCUCCAGUGUGCCAGUGGCCAUCGAAGGUGAGCAUUUGCCCACUGAAGUUGGUUACAACACCGAACUGCAGUCAGGUCAAGACCCUGGUGAAGACGACGAACACGCAGAUGAGCUUCCCUGAGACGGUUCUGACAGUUUGUGCAGAAAUUCUUCAGUUGUGCAAACCCACAGUUUCAUCAGCUGUCUAGGUGGCUGGUCUCAGAUGAUCCCACAGGUGAAGAAGCCGGAUGUGGAGGUCCUGGGCUGGUGUGGUUACACGUGGUCUGCGGUUGUGAGGCCGGUUGGACGUAAUGCCAAAUUCUUUAAAGCGACGUUGGAGGCGGCUUAUUGUAGAGAAAUGAACAUUCAGUUCUCUGGCAACAGCUCUGGUGGACAUUCCUGCAGUCAGUAUGCCAAUUGCACGCUCCCUCAACUUGAGAGAUCUGUGGCAUUGUGUUGUGUGACAAAACUGCACAUUUUAGAGUGGCCUUUUUAUUGUCCCCAGCACAAGGUGCACCUGUGUAAUAAUCAUGUUGUUUAAUCAGUUUAUUGAUAUGCCACACCUGUCAGGUGGUUGGAUAAUCUUGGCAAAGGAGAAAUGCUCACUAACAGGGAUGUAAACACAUUUGUGCACAACAUUUGAGAGAAGCUUUUUGUGCAAAUGGAAAAUUUCUGUGAUCUGUUAUUUCAGCUCAUGAAACAUGGGACCAACACUUUACAUAUUUUUGUUCAGUAUAGAUGGGUGUACCUAAUAAACCUCAGACUCAGAGGAGUAAUGUGUUGCAUACAGUGAGGGAAAAAAGUAUUUGAUCCCCUGCUGAUUUUGUACGUUUGCCCACUGACAAAGAAAUGAUCAGUCUAUAAUUUUAAUGGUAGGUUUAUUAGAACAGUGAGAGUCAGAAUAACAACAAAAAAAUCCAGAAAAACGCAUGUCAAAAAUGUUAUAAAAUGAUUUGCAUUUUAAUGAGGGAAAUAAGUAUUUGACCCCCUCUCAAUCAGAAAGAGUUUUGGCUCCCAGGUGUCUUUUAUACAGGUAACGAGCUGAGAUUAGGAGCACACUCUUAAAGGGAAUGCUCCUAAUCUCAGCUUGUUACCUGUAUAAAAGACACCUGUCCACAGAAGCAAUAAAUCAGAUUCCAAACUCUCCACCAUGGCCAAGACCAAAGAGCUCUCCAAGGAUGUCAGGGACAAGAUUGUAGACCUACACAAGGCUGGAAUGGGCUACAAGACCAGCGCCAAGCAGCUUGGUGAGAAGGUGACAACAGUUGGUGCGAUUAUUCGCAAAUGGAAGAAACACAAAAUAACUGUACAUCUCCCUCGGCCUGGGGCUCCAUGCAAGAUCUCACCUCAUGGAGUUGAAAUGAUCAUGAGAACGGUGAGGAAUCAGCCCAGAACUACACGAUAGGAUCUUGUCAAUGAUCUCAAGGCAGCUGGGACCAUAGUCACCAAGAAAACAAUUGGUAACACACUACGCUGUGAAGGACUGAAAUCCUGCAGCGCCCGCAAGUUCCCCCUGCUCAAGAAAGCACAUAUACAGGGCCUUCUGAAGUUUGCCAAUGAACAUCUGAAUGAUUCAGAGGAGAACUGGGUGAAAGUGUUGUGGUCAGAUGAGACCAAAAUCGAGCUCUUUGGCAUCAACUCAACUCGCCGUGUUUGGAGGAGGAGGAAUGCUGCCUAUGACCCAAGAACACCAUCCCCACCGCCAAACAUGGAGGUGGAAACAUUAUGCUUAGGGGGUGUUUUUCUGCUAAGGGGACAGGACAACUUCACCGCAUCAAAGGAAUGAUGGACGGGGCCAUGUACCUUCAAAUCUUGGGUGAGAACCUCCUUCCCUCAGCCAGGGCAUUGAAAAUGGGUCGUGGAUGGGUAUUCCAGCAUGACAAUGACCCAAAACAAACGGCCAAGGCAUCAAAGGAGUGGCUCAAGAAGAAGCACAUUAAGGUCCUGGAGUGGCCUAGCCAGUCUCCAGACCUUAAUCCCAUAGAAAAUCUGUGGAGGGAGCUGAAGGUUCGAGUUGCCAAACGUCAGCCUCGAAACCUUAAUGACUUGGAGAAGAUCUGCAAAGAGGAGUGGAACAAAAUCCCUCCUGAGAUGUGUGCAAACCUGGUGGCCAACUACAAGAAACGUCUGACCUCUGUGAUUGCCAACAAGGGUUUUGCCACCAAGUACUAAGUCAUGUUUUGCAGAGGGGUCAAAUACUUAUUUCCCUCAUUAAAAUGCAAAUCAAUUGAUAACAUUUUUGACAUGCGUUUUUCUGGAUUUUUUUGUUGUUAUUCUUUCUCUCACUGUUCAAAUAAACCUACCUUUAAAAUUAUAGACUGAUCAUGUCUUUGUCAGUGGGCAAACGUACAAAAUCAGCAGGGGAUCAAAUACUUUUUUCCCUCACUGUAUGUACCGUAUGUUCAGAAGAGCAAUGUACAGUAUGUGUUUUGAUAAAUGUGUUACAGUAUAUGUGUUUUGAUAAAUGUGUAAAUAUAUAUGGUAACUGGGUGGAAAUGUACAGUGUAUGGUAAAUCCAUGAUAUAGUUAACUCAAAAACAAUUUUUUAGUAUUUUGUUUAUUUGUCCACUGUUAAUACAUUCCCCCAAAAUAGUGCAUGUCAGCGGUCAAAAUGUCAAGAUAAAGAAAAUUCAGUACAGAGCAAAACAUGUGGUGAUGCGUUUAUGCUAACUGUGUUUUAGGACUGAAGGUGAACAGACUGGAUAUGUUUGGGGAGAAGUACAAGCCUUUUAAAGGGGUUAAAUACAUCACCAAGGCCGGGAAGUUCCAGGUGCGGACGUGAAGAGUGAAACCUAAAGGUCAUAGGUCAACUAGCCAACGUGCCUAAUGCUCUGGGUCAAAGGUCAACUCUUAGACAUGCUAGGUGUCAACUCUUAUCCUCUCUAUUCGUAGUUCAGAGCCGUGAUAGGUCCAUUAUGACAAAUGUCUGAAGGUCGUAAAUGGGGUUCACAUCCCAGCGGACUAUUAUGGCUCUGCAACAGCGAACUAUGAAUUGAGCUUUCUACAUGCCCAGUGUCAACUCUUCUACCUUAUGCCUUUUAUAUCCCUAUACUCACUCUGUAUUAGGGACAGAGCCUGUAUUAAUAACUUGGUGGUUUAUUUAAAUGUUUAUUAUUUGGAUGGAAUGGAGUUGUUGGUCUGCGAAGGGAAUUGUUUUGGACAAUCAACCUAUUAUUUCUCCUGUUUCCGGAAUUAAAUAACCUCUACGGAAUCCCCCUGUGUUCCAGCGCACAUCUCUCUCUCUCUCUCUCUC